UUCUUCAAAUCAAACGACAUGUCAUUUUGUUUCCAUCUAACUCGCAUCACUCUUCCUCUCAGGACGGUCAGAUUAUCGUCAACCCAACCUAAACCCAAACACACACUCACAACCCGCUCACGUUUAAACUCAAUAUCUGUGCAGUCACGUGCCGGCGAUUCGGAGUCAGCCAUGGCAGCUGCCGCCAACUCAGUCCGAGUGGCCGUCGCUCAGAUGACGUCAAUUAAUGACCUUGCCGCCAACUUCGCUACCUGCUCUCGCCUGGCCAAAGAAGCAGCUUCUGCUGGUGCAAAACUACUUUGCUUUCCCGAGAACUUCUCCUAUGUUGGUGCCAAGGAUGGGGACAGUCUUAAAGUUGCGGAACCUUUAGAUGGGCCAAUAAUGCAACAAUACUGCUCUUUAGCAAGAGAAUCCAGCAUUUGGUUGUCACUUGGAGGCUUCCAAGAGAAGGGAACUGAUGAUGCACACUUGUCUAACACACAUGUUGUGAUUGAUGAUGCUGGGAACAUUAGGAGCACUUAUAAAAAAAUUCACUUGUUUGAUGUGGAUGUUCCUGGUGGAAGAUCAUACAAAGAAAGUAGCUUUACAGAGGCAGGCAAGAAUGUUGUGGCAGUGGACAGCCCCUUUGGGCGUUUAGGGGUGACGGUUUGCUAUGACUUGAGAUUUCCCGACCUUUACCAGCAACUCAGGUUCCAACAUGAAGCACAGGUUCUAUUGGUACCUUCAGCUUUCACAAAAGUAACUGGUGAGGCACAUUGGGAGAUUCUUCUCCGUGCACGUGCAAUUGAGACUCAAUGUUAUGUUAUAGCUGCUUCACAAGCUGGAAAGCAUAAUGAUAAGAGAGAAAGUUAUGGUGACUCACUAAUAAUUGAUCCUUGGGGAAAAAUUGUAGGUCGAUUACCUGAUCGAUUGUCCACAGGGAUAGCUAUAGCUGAUAUUGAUUUCUCAUUAAUUGAUUCAGUGAGAUCAAAAAUGCCAAUUGCAAAGCAUCGAAAGCCAGCUGACUUCUGGAAGUCUUCAUCGUUAUAAUUUCCCAAGAUUCUCUAUCCGCUAUCAAUGGAGCAGGUGUGUUUUAAACGUCACUGAAUUCCUCUUGUAGCUUAAAUCAAACAGGCAUCUGUGCAUUUACCCUUUCGUUUCAGUCGAAAUGCUGGUAUAUAUUGUAAUUUCCCAUAAGUUAAAACUUCCUUGAACUGGGCGAUAAUGUAGCUUCGCUUCAUUUUAUGUGUAUUUAUACGUUAUUUAGAUCCUAAUAAAUGGAUAUACUGUACUUGAUUUAGUUUUA